AUGAGCAUCGAUACACCCACAGCACUAGCAAAAGAAAACUUUGCACCUCAAAGGGUAGAAUUCCUCCCAAUUCCUCAAUUUCACUCUCCUCGCGCUCUAUCCCGUGUACGCUCAUCUCCUUCUACUCAACAGCCAAAGGGAAUCCUCAAGCCUUCACGUUCCACUCUACCUGAUCUACCGAGUAGCAGUCCUGUGUCGAUGGAUCAAGUGGUUGUAGGGGAUGUUGACUAUCUCCUAUCACCUCUUCAGUGUAUAUUACGCUCCAUCACACAAGACACACAAGACACACAAGACAGUGACAGUGACGCGCCCACUCCUGCAGAUCUCACCGAAGCAUACACUCUCCUCCUAUCAAGGCUCAAGCACGCACGCGAUCUCUUACCCAGCGCACUCGAGCCAUUGAGAACACACAGCACAGCACUUCUCAUCGCUCUCCAAAGGGACAUCGCCGUCGUCCUCCAAAGCCCAUACGAUCCAAGCAGCACAAGAGGCAGUGACGACCCAUCCUCAGAACCCUCUUCUACUCCAGCCAAGAAACGCGGUGUGAGCGAAUCAGAGAUCCUUCAUGCCCGUGCUCUCCUCCAUCUAUCACACGCAGCCCUCAAGCUCAGCGCAGUCCUCUUCCUCCAACCAGGCGUACACGCACUCUUCACAACCCAAGAACAGCAAGAUCUCGUCCGCAGCGUCCUCUCACUCCCAGAAGCAGGCGCCCUCCCUACCCCAAACGGGCGGAAAACGAACCAAGUCGCUCUAUGGGCAUUGGGCAACUUACGCCUCCCGGACUCGGCGGUGUUCCCGCAUCGAGAAGCUCUGGCGCGUGUGCUUGAAUGUGGACUGCGCGGUGAGCUUGGGGCGCGAGCGACUUCUGUAGGCGGGUCGGGCGAAGCGGUCCGUACGCAGGCAUACGACACACUCACCACCCUACUAACGCACUAUCCCUCCCUCCUGCCCUCCUUCACUCCCCUACUCGACCUCCUCCUCCCAGCACUCCUCCUCCCCAAGCGUGAAAAACCCGCCCAAGCCCUGCUCGCCUUCUCCCUCAGUCUAAAAAAGUAUCGUGCCCACUGCACGUCCCUCCACGCAUCCGACCUCAAGCACCGGGAAACUGUCGAGUCCCAUCUCCUAACCUGGCUCAGGAGCACCCGGCACUCCCCUUCCCCCUCAGGCACCACUUCACAGAAGACCGUCGACCUGCUCGAACACAGCCUGCGCGCCUCCCUCCUCUCAUCAGAACAAACACUCGUCCUACCCCUAAUAGCCGCGCUCAUCCACCUCUCCGGUCCUCAGGUCCUAGCUUCCUCAGCUCUCAAAGCGCUCAUGACCGUCCUCCAGGCUGCGCUGAAAGUCAAGCCGCUCGCGCCGCAGUGGGCAAGAUGCUGGGCUGUCUUGAUCUGGGGUGUGGGGGAAGGGGAAGUGCGGGGCUUAUGGGCACCUUCUUCUCCUGCUAUAUCUUUCUCUACUUCUACCCCCGUAGCGCCAGCACAAGCAGGAGCCAAGCUUCCCCCAAGGGAAAAGAUAGAGAAGAUGGUCCUGCAAGCCCUGCCCGCGCUAUUAAAAGCCAGUGCAAGAGCCGAGGCAGCAGAAGUCUGGCAGGCGCUCGUUUGGGCCGGCGUGGGCGUGGGCGGGGUUGGGGGUGGGAAGGGGAGAUGGAGGGACGUGGCGGGGUUGGUGCAGAAGGGUGGGGUUGGAGUGCUGGAGGGGGUUUUGGGCCCGGCCUGGGGGGAAGAGGAGGAAGGGGAGGAGGGGGAGGAGCUGCAAGGGGACCCAGAUGGGGAGGAAGAACCUGCUCAACCAAACGACAAGCCCCACCACCCCUCAAAGCCCUCCCACCCUCUCGAGUCCCUCCUCUCAGAAGAGCUGCUCACCCCUCCCUCUCCCACCAAGUCCCCCCCGUACACGCCCUUCCAACCCCCUCCCUGGUGGCCCGGUCUCCAAGUAGCCGACGUCUACCCGCUCGCAGACCUCUGGUUCUCCGGCCUCUCCGCGCCAAUCCCCCCCGAAGAGCGGGACGUCUCCGCCCGCCGGGUCCUCCCCCUCCUAGCGCACAAACCCGGUGGAAGGCAGCUCAUGUUCGUCCGGAUACUUAACUCCUCCCUGCAAGAGCUCGCCGCGAAAACGGAAGAAGAAUGGCGUGCUCGUGCAACUGACUUCCUGGGUUUCAUACUCCCCCAAAGAAUGGGGAAAUGUUUCCUCCCCAACCCGGGGCGAGAACUUGUCAGCCUCCUCCUACAACAAGUGAUCCCCGAUCUCCCCAUAUGGAAACUUCCCGUCCUCGUGUAUCUCCUCACUUCCCCAGCGCUGGGGUGGAAGACCGACACGCUAGAACUGAUAGUGCAUUCUGUCGCUGGCCGGAUCCCGGAUGCCCGUGGUCGACCGGGGAGUGGGGAGUGGAAGGCGUGCAUACCACCGGUUUUGCAGCUUUGGAUACCGAGACUUGAACGGGGCAUUAACGUACAAGACGCUUCUGUAAUUCGGAUACUCCUUUCCUGGAUCAGGGAGUCUAACGACCAAAACCAAGACCAAAAUCAAAACCAAGACCAAGAUCAAAACCAAAAUCAAAACCAAAACCAAAACCAAGAGCAGUGGCGCCGGAUCCUGCGUGCCGUCGGUCCCCUCGCUCUGCCUAACGGGCUCGCUCUCCAAGACAUGCCCUUUGUCCUCCAGUGCGAGAGGGGGGAUACGCUCAAAGGUCCUUUGCUGGACAUGCUCGCUGUUGUCAUGCGGGACGUGUAUGAUAGUGAUGACGAGAAGAAGUUCGAUGCUGGUAUGGAGGUGCUUUCUUCCCUUUUGGGAGCUGUGCAGCGUUUAGCUGCUAGUGGGGAGAAGGCGGACAUGGACAUGGAGACGGAUACGGACACGGACACGGACACGGUGUAUGUUGUGUGUCGGGUGUAUGCGGCAGUCGGAAGCUGGAUAUGCGACAAAGACACUCUCUUCGAGGACGAGCAGUACAACACUCUCUCCGCAGCGCUAUACACUGCAUGUCUGGACCUGCUCACCCCCUUCCCGCAGGGAAAGGUUGACCAGUCAACGCUAGACCAGCUGGCCCCAUUCCUCGCAUCCGCUUUUUACCGCAUGCCAGACCCGGGCAUCGCACCACAACGUUUUGCGUCCUUCUGGCGCGCUACGUUCCAUGGACACGAGUUCCGCUGGCCGGAGGAACUGAAGCCCGCUCUUAGGUGGUUUGCGGAACACGACACUGCAUUCGCCCCUGGCCUCGAACUAGACCUCACUCAGACGCAGGAUACGGCCGCUUCGAGUAUCCCUAUGUCUGUCCUGUCGGACUCGGAGCCGGAGCGCGCACAACAGCGUUUACGGCUGACGAUGGAUAAUAGUGGGAGUGAGCUCAUGAGCGGGAUCCUUAGUAUGGGGGAACAGAGGGGGAAGAAAGUCGGAUUUGGCUCUAGUAGCUAUAUCGACCCUGCUACUUUAGGCUCGGGGCCGAAGACGGGUCUGUCCCCUGCUUCCAGGGAACGCGGAUCGCUCGUAUCGACCAAGCCUGUUGUGCGCUUCGAGCUCAGCGCGCUUGCCGCCGCUGAGGGGGACGAACCCCCUCUGCGAGAAACGCAAGAAGCGUCGUCCGAUAGUGCGGAAGAGAUACCUCAGCCUCAGGGUACGAGCGAGGUCGUCUCCACUGCUACUGUUAUGCGGGCAUUUGAUGCGCCUCUUAUCCCUCCGGCUAUGAUGGACAGAACGGAACGUGUCCCUCCGCCUACUCCGUCCAUGCUGGUCUUGACGCCGUCUGUACUUGACCCUGCUCCUACCCCAUCCUCCGAACCUGCCUCAGUCGACACGCUCACGCGCACUGACACUUCGCUCGAGAUCUCCCAUGUGUCUGAGACUCAAUUACCCGAUCGGAGGAUCGAAACGGACGAUUCCGUGACCGAUAUUCAGGGAGCGCAAGUUACGAGAUUGUUAUCGACACCUCGCUCCAACAACAAACCUGCCCCUUCUCCAGCGUCUCCUUCGGAGGAGGAAGACGACGAAGAUGAAGCAGUCAUCGAGUUCAGCUUGUCUCAAGAACUGGAGGACCCGAUGAAAGUCCCAGAACUCGACGAUGAGAAAGAGCUUGAUGACGUGUUCCUUGUCCCUCCGUUGAGUCUUGGAAAACGGAAGAGGACUCUGUCCGAACACACGAUGGAUGCUCGUAAGAAGCGCAAGACACCGUCAUCUGUCAGCAGACUUGCCACGAAAGGGGACACGAGUCUGUCGGAUGUGCGGUCGUCUACGUCAUCUCUUUCCAAGACCUCACCAGAAGUUUCCAUUCAAGAUGUUGAAGAUACUUUCAUUCGUGAUGCUGGAAACGUCAUUUCGGCUUCUCAACCUACCAUCUCAUCCUCCCCCGAAGUGAUUGUUGCUCGUUCCUUGUCUCAGCCACCCGCUCGCCCUGCUGGUGAAACGAGAAAACGCAAACGGGUUUUCUUGGAGAGUGUCGAGAUUCCGAUCAUAUCAAAGCGUCGACGUCUCACAUCUUCCGAGUCCACUUCCAAGGAUUCGGGCAGGCGUCGGCGGCGGGAUGAUGAGUCCUUCCAAGCAUCUGGCACUCCCUCAACGCCGUCACAUAUGACGCAAAGCCAAAGGAGUGAAGCCAGUUCUCCAGCCUCUCCUUCUCUUGCAGCAGGUGGCUCCCAGUUUUGGCGUGGCGUGCGUUACGCAUUCUCUCGGGUGGCAGGUCAGAAAACCGAGGAUCUAUCGCAACAAUUUGUUGGCUCAAGUCAACAAGACGAGGAUCAAAUCGUUCACCCUCCCCGGGGCUCCUCUGUCGCAGAGGAGCGCGUGAAGACCUUGCGUGAGCUGUUGAAGGGAUUAAAGGAGGACGUAAAACAUGUUGACAUGAAGCUUAUCGACGAAGUACAGAUCUCCUUGAUUGAUGCGUUGGGCUACGUGUCCAAGCGAAGAAAGGCUGAUAGAGCCAAAUAA